AUGGAGUCUCCCACCAAAGAGAUCGAGGAGUUUGAAAGCACGGCCCUGAAGUACCUGCAGCCGGAACAGAUUGAGAAGAUUUGGCUCCGGCUCCGUGGACUGCGCAAGUACAAGAAGACUUCCCAGAGAUUACGAUGUCUGGUGAAGCAACUGGAGAGAGGAGAGGCUUCCCUCACUGAUCUCAAGAAGAACCUUGAGUAUGCAGCGUCGGUGCUAGAAUCUGUCUAUAUCGAGGAGACGAGGCGUUUGGUGGACACCGAGGAUGAACUCAGUGACAUCCAGUCAGAGUCGGUGCCCUCAGAGGUGCGGGAUUGGCUGGCCUCAACAUUCACCCGCCAGAUGGGCCUGAUGCUGCGCCGCAGUGAAGAGAAACCUCGCUUCCGCAGCAUUGUCCACGCCGUCCAGGCUGGCAUAUUUGUUGAGAGGAUGUACCGACGUACCUCCAAUAUGGUGGGACUCAGCUACCCCCCUUCAGUCAUAUCUGUGCUCAAGCAUGUUGACAAGUGGUCGUUUGACGUGUUUGCCCUAAACGAGGCCAGCGGGGAUCACGCACUUAAAUUCAUAUUCUACGAGUUGCUCACAAGAUACGACCUCAUUAGCCGUUUCAAGAUCCCGAUCUCUGCAGUGGUUUCAUUCGUGGAGGCCCUAGAAGUGGGAUACAGCAAACAUAAAAACCCCUACCACAACCUGAUGCACGCUGCUGAUGUCACACAGACUGUACACUACUUGCUACUCAAGACUGGCAUGGUGCAUUGGUUGACUGAGCUUGAAAUCUUUGCCAUGAUCUUUGCGGCAGCGGUGCACGACUACGAGCACACGGGGACCACAAACAACUUCCACAUUCAGACAAGAUCAGACACAGCUAUCCUGUACAAUGACCGCUCAGUGCUUGAGAGUCACCAUGUCAGCGCAGCCUACCGCCUGCUGCAGGACGACGAUGAGAUGAACAUCCUCUACAACCUCUCCAAGGACGACUGGAGAGAGCUCCGGGCUCUGGUGGUGGAGAUGGUUCUGGCCACAGAUAUGUCCUGCCACUUCCAGCAAGUUAAGACCAUGAAGAACUUCCUACAACAACCUGAGGGCAUUGAUAAGCCCAAAGCCCUGUCCCUGCUGCUGCACACAGCAGACAUCAGCCACCCAGCCAAAAAUUGGGACCUCCACCACCGCUGGACCACCUCCCUACUGGAGGAGUUCUUCAGACAGGGGGACAAAGAAUCAGAGCUUGGCCUGCCGUUCUCUCCGCUCUGCGACCGAAAGUCCACAAUGGUGGCCCAGUCCCAAAUCGGGUUCAUUGACUUCAUUGUGGUGCCCACCUUCACUGUGCUGACGGACAUGAUGGAACGUAUCAUCAAACCGCUCAUCGACGAGGCUUCCCAUUCAGGUUUUGCCGGCUUCAGACGCUCAAGUCUGAACAGUAUUAGCUCAGAGGAGGCCAAGAGGCACAGUGUGAAGAGCCCCGACAGCAGCUCGUUGGGACAAAGCUCUCUGCUGACGGUGGACCUGAAGAACUUCAAGGCGUUGUGGAACGAAGAGGUGUACCAGAACAGAGAGAGGUGGAAAUCUCAGGCUGCAAAAGAGGCGGAGGAGAGAGCUAAAAGGGAAGCAGAGGAGCAAGCCCAACAGGAGGAGGCUAUGGAGCCCCAGGAGGACGACGUAGAACCAGAACAGCUUGAACCAAAGGAGGACCAACUGGAGGGGGAGGAGGAGGAGGGGGAGGAGUCUGAGUCAGCGGAGGUCAGACCACCAGAUGGUAACACUGGGGAAACCGAGCAGGGGGUGCAGCCUGGGAGCCCCACGCACAAGAAUCCUCCACUGCAGAACGGAGAGUUGUCUGAAGGGACUGAAUCUCCAGAGGGUGAAGAAAACAAGAACAAAGGAGACGAUGCAGAGUUGGCGAUGGAAUAAGCGAGCUGUGGAGAAUCACAGCCUCACUGUUUCAUCUUUGCUGUGCUGCUGUCGACCUGAACCUGCUUUUACUUGUAAGCGAGGACUCAAACUCAGCCAGAGGAGAGGCCAUUAGUUGGAAUGUGUCGCCCUCUACAGGACACCAGGAAACUGACACCAUCACUUCCUUUUUGUCUCUGUGAUUAACUGUUUUUACUUUUUACCAUGUUUAUGCUCCCAGGCUCUUGUAUGCAGAGCAUUUUCCUACCUUCAUGCUUCCUGAUGAAUACAAUACAGAUUAAACAACCUUAUGAAUAGGGGGGGAGGGGUUGAAGAGGAGCCUUUGAAAGACACUGAACAUGUUGCUUAUCUCGUUUUUCUUUGCCAAUCGUUUACUUUGCUCUAAUCGUGUGUUUAACUCAGACCACAGACAUGUAGCCAUUCUAUUCAAGUCCCACUUUUCACUGCUGUGCUAUGCUUCACCGUCGACACUCAAGACAAGUAUCAGUUGGUAAAAAAAGCGUGUUUAGAGACAAGGUUUUGCAUCACAGUAAUUUAUUUUGGUACUACCUGAAGAAUAAAUGUACAUCAAGAGGGACGUCUAUAGCUGCUACACAGUAUGUAAAGGAUACAUGUAUGUGUGCACUACAUUGGGGUUAAGUUGACAGGUUUAAAGCACAUAUAUUUUAAUAGAAAGUACUCCUUUAACACAUUCCCUCUGUGUAGAAAAAUUAAACUUCUCCUUGUGCUGCAGGAGCUCCGGUUGGGAGUCUCUUAUGUUUGCUGAGGCUACUGCAAGAAACCAGUCGUGGCUCAUAUUUUUCCCCUUAACCUUAGUGCUUUCCUCAGGCAUUGUGGAAUUCUAAUGAGUUUGUGUUCCUUGUUUUUUUGUGUGUUUUUCUGUCCUCUUAAUUGUAUAUAUUGAAAGUUUGUAUAUGUUAUGGAUCUGGAGGCGGAGUAGAAAAUCUUACGAUUCCACAAUCCAUAAAAGGAUAUUUUCUUUCUGGGUAUAAUGUAAGAUAUUGUAGUGAGAAAUGUCCAAAAAUUAGAAUGCAACUUUUGCAUUUCAAACAUAUCACACGUUCAAGUUUUUGUAAUAUAUAUAAAAAUGUUUUUUCUGUACUUUUCUUUUUGUAACAAUCUUAUUUGUUUUGCAUUUCUUGUGUCCUAUAUGAAUCAUGCACUAGAUGUGUCUAAUAACCUCACACUGUAUGUCAUUUCUUCGUCAAAAGACUUCUUCUUGAUGCCUUCUUAUAUGUAUUUAAGCUGUAGCAAAAAGUCAAGAUUGUCGCUGAAUUAGAGAAAAAGCUCAUGUAUGUAUUUUAUUUUGCAGUACAGUUAUGUUACAGCAGCUUCGCCUGCGAGGUUGUUGGUGUAAUGUUUUAAUCGACGUGUUUACAGUGUGCUCGUACACUUAUUAGCCAGAUGAAUCCAUCAUGCUUCUGUGAUGCAUCCGAGGCUAUGAGUCCAAACUGUACCUGCUUCUUGUCUGUACGCCAGGUUUUUAAGGCUUGUAAUGUCGCGUAUAGGAGAUGCAAAUAUUGCUUACUGUGCAUAUGUAACAUAUUGAACCUCUGCAACACUGGUUCAGCUUUUACUAUAUACUUAAUAUGUGUAAUUGAAAAAAAAAAGAAGCAUUUUGGCAGUAUUCAGAUAAUAAUGGAUAUGUUUUCCCUAAAAUUUUGCACUUUUUAUUUUGUUUUUCCCUUUGCUUUACAUUCUUUUGGUAUGAAAAUUCCAACAUUUAUUGUGCCAAGAUCAAGUUAUUGGCAUAUUAUUUUUAAAGUAUACUGUACAUAUGUAUACUGGUAGAGAUACUUAAACAUAAAGUAUAUAUGGGGUUCAAAGAGGGUGAAUAAUCCAGCAUCUAAACAUUUAUAUAAAACUGUAGGAAUGAUUUUUAUAGCCUCUUUGUUUUAAUACACACUACUCAUUUUUAUAUUAUGACAGGAGGGUAACAUAUCAAGCCGUUUAUCACGUAAUGUAACCACAUGCAUCUUUCUACCUAAAAUAUACAGUCAGUGGUUAGCAAGACAGCUGGCUGAAUGUGUGCCUAUAUAUAUGUACUUUCCACUUGACACCUUUCACCUGUAGGAAAACUAAUUUUGUGAUGUCAUUUGAAUUUGUGCUGAUCCAGGUACAGUCAAACAAAACAUUCAUAUCUUCCUACAAUUAUUCACACUAAAGAAUCUUCUGUAAAGACUUUAGUUUUGGACACUGUUGGAAAGUCUGUAAAGUCAGAAGUUAUAAGUAUAAUAUUUAAGUGGUAGACUUUUGCUCUUUUUCAUUUAGAAAAAUCUAUGUUAUCGCCGCGUAGCUUUUUUUUCCUGUUUUUAGUGUACUGUUCGCUGGAUUGUCCAAAAGUCUUCAAUAUGUAAUGGCAUUUUUUUAUUUUGUCAUUUUGUCUCUCCUCUCUGGUUCAUAUGUCCCUGUGUGUGUCUGUUCGAUAUGUUUUAUUCCACCAGCUCUGAAGUCAGAAAAACAAUUCAAGUGGCUCAAAACUGUAAAUUCAAAGUGUAACAAUCAUAUAAAGAUUAGAUUUAUAUAUAGAACAAAUACAAAACUCAUUGUGUGCCCUAAAUAGCCUGCCUGAUACUUGGUAAAGCAGAAUAUAUUUUCUGUACCAAGGGACCAACACAUGUACAGUCUUGUAGUUUGCUCUAUCUUUCACUUGCUACUGUGUUAGCCUAUACUAUAUCAAUAUUUAAAAAAUAAUUUAUACCAACCAUAAUCAGAAACAUAGCUGUAUUUAUGACAUGUUCAGACUUCUACACAUGGUGUUUUGUAACUGUUACUACAGAACAGAUUAUUUGUUUGUUAAUUGCUUUGUUUCCUUGUUUAGUGUGAAUCACUCUGUAAUGACGGAACUCACACUGUUCUAGUUUGUUCUAGGGACCGAGGUUAGAUGGAUGUAAAGCGUGUGUGUGAGAAACUGCCGAAAAUACUUAAUGUGCAUUUCUGAUCUCCUCACUGUGACCUGCUCUAUCGAUGAGAGUGUGAUGAGACGAAUGAGUGUGUGUGUGUGGGUGUGUGAGAGUGUGUGUGUAUAAGUAAGAGAGAGAGAGAAAUAAAUAUAAAGUGAUACAGUGGACUGUUUAAAGCUAGGAAACAGUUCUCAAAUCAUCAUCAUUAUCAAAAAAAUUGAUUUCAGGAUUUUUUUCCCACUUUAAGGAUCAAAUUUUCAUAUGUUUAAUCAACCAAAUCAGGCCGAUACAACUGAAUAUGUUUACAUAUACAUAUAACAGAAUGAGACAGAUUAUAAAAGUAAAAUUAUAAACAGUAGUUAACCAGCAAACAAAAUAAAUCCGCCUUUGGUUUAACCUCCACUACAUCCAUGAUAAGACAGACAGACUAUGAAAGGGUGUGUGUGUGUGUGCGAGUGUGUGCAUGCAUGUGUGUGUCACUGUCCCAACGCCGGCCAGGCGGCCGUGUGCCACCAUGCUCUGUGACUGCACAGCCGUAUCAAUAAAUCUGGACUCA